AUGGUUUCAUCAUUUGCACGUUAUAAUUUUGAUUUUAUUCAAUCUUAUUGUGAACCAUCGUUUUCUAUUGAAAAAUUUCAAUCUAAAAAAUCAAAAAUCAAAUUAUAUUGUAUUCGUUUACCCGAAUUACCAACGAUCAAAGUUGAAUUAUGUGUACAAACAAAACCCUAUGAUGAUACUGGUGUAGCUCAUACAUUAGAACAUUUAAUAUUUAUGGGCAGUAAAAAUUAUCCUCAACAAGGAAUUUUAGAUUAUAUUUCAUCAUAUCUCUAUUGUACGGGAACAAAUGCGUCUACUUAUCGUGAUAUGACAAAUUAUGAAUUAUCAACUAUUGAUAAAUAUUCUAUAUUAAAAUUAUUACCAAUUUAUUUAGAUCAUAUAUUUAAUCCACUUUUAACCAAUGAUUGUUAUUUAACAGAAAUACAUCAUAUUAAUAAUGAAGGACAUGAUUCGGGUGUAGUUUAUAGUGAAAUGCAGUCAUGUGAACAACAAGCAGAUGAAAUAUUAGAACAAAAAUUAAUGUCAGAAUUAUGGUCAAAAACAUCACAUUAUCAUUACAAUUAUGGUGGUAAAUUAGAGUCAAUACGAACAUCAUUAUCAUUGGAUAAAAUCAAAUCAUUUCAUAAAAUGUUUUAUACACCAAAAAAUGUGGCUAUUAUUGUUAGUGGAAAUAUUGAACCGGAUGAUAUUAUGAAUGUCAUCUAUGAAUUUGAACAACAAAAUGAAAAACGUAUAACAAUAAACUCAACUAUACAUGCAUCGAACAAUAUGCAACAUAAAAGGAAAAAAAGGUAA